AUGCCCCAGUCUCCCAUUCCCAUCUCCCAUCCCAGCUCCCUCUCCACCCCAGCCUCCCAUCCCCAGUCCAGCCUAGUGCCCAUCCCCCAUCCCCAGCCUCCCAUUCCCAUCCCCAUCACCCCUCCCAAGGUUCCCCGUCUCCAUCCCCGUCUCACCACUCCCAUCUGCCUCCCCCAGUCUCCCAUCCCCGCCCCCAUCCGCCCCCAGCCAGCCCUCUCCCCAAUCCCCAGCUCCCAUCCCCAGCACCCUCACGCCACCUCGCCAUCCCCAAGUGCCUCCCAUCCCCAAGUCGCCUCCACCCCCAGUCUCCCCAGCUAUCCCGCCCCCACCCCACGCAACCCCAGUCCCAUCCCCAGCUCCUCCCCAGGCCAUCCCACUCCCAUCCGCCCAAGUCUCUCCCACCCAUCCCAGCCUGCCCACCUCAGCCAUCCAUCCCCAAGCCCAUCCCCUCCCAUCCCCAGCCUCCCAUCCCCAGUCUCCCCAUACUCUUCACCGCAUCCCUCCCAUCCUCCCAGUCCCCCCAUCCCCAAGUCUCCCAUCCCAAGCAUCCCAUCCCAUGGCCCAUCCCCAUCCCCCCCAUCCCUCCCCCAGUCUUCCCACGAUCCUCCCAGCCCUGCCCAAUGCCCUUCUCCAUUCCCCAGUCUCCCAUCCCAGCCUCCCAUCCCCCAACCUCCCCAUCCCAGCCUCCCAUCUCCAGCCUCCCAUACUCUCCAGCCUCCAUCCCCUCACGCUAUCCCCUCCCAAUCCCCAUCCCCAGCCCUCCAUCCACCUCCACGGCUCAUCCCCCACAUCCCUAUUCCCUCCCCCAUCCCCAGUCCACCAUCCCUUCAGCCUCCUCCCCAUCGCCAUGGCCCUCCAUUCCAUCCCAGCCUCCCUCCCAGCCCCCCAGAUCCCCAGACUCCCUCCAUCUCCCAGCAUCCCAUCACAAUCCCCAAGCCCUCCCAUCCCAGCUCUCCAUCCCACUCCCCAGCCUCAGCCCAAUCCCCAUACCCCAGCCCCCCUCACCUCUCAUCCCCAGCCAUCCCAGCCUCCCAUCUCCCAUCCUCCCAUCUCUCAGCGAUCCCCCAAUUCUCCCACCAUCCCCAGCUCUCCAUCCCCAGCUCCCAUCCCCAACGCCCUCUCCCAGCCAUACCCAUCCCAUCCCCAGUCCCCAUCCCCAGCCUCCUCCCAAUCCCACGCCUCCCAUCCCCAUCCCCAGCUUCCCAUCCCCAUCCCAUCAGCCCAUCCCAUCCCCAUCUCCCCAGUCACUCCCCCAAUGCCCUCCCAUCCCGCCUCCCGAUCCCCAUCCCCAGCCCCCCAUCCCUCAGUCCCCAUCCCACUCUCAGCCUCCCCGCAUCCCCAUUGCUCCAUCCCCAUCUCCCCAAGCCCCAUCCCAGCCUCCCAUCCCCAGCUCCCAUCCCCAGCCCCCAUCCCCAGCCUCCAUCCCCAGUCUCCCAUCCCCAGCCACCCAUCCCCAGCGCUCCCACCCCAGUCUCCAUCCCCAGCCCCAUCCCCAGCAUCAGUCCCAUAACGGACCAGCCCUGA